AUGGUAAAAUUACCUGAGAUACUGGAAAUUACGCAAAGCAGUUUGUCAGGUUAUCCAUGCGUGUGUAGCUCAUCAAGUUCAUCAAAAUGAACCUAUCUUGGAAAAAAGUCGAGGAAGCUGUAAGCUGGUAGUUUCCGGAUUAGGAUUAACGUGACAAAUUCCCACAGACUACCAUAAAGAUACUGUUUCAGAACGAUUCCAAAUUUGGUUCUUAAAAAUCGCGAUUACAUUGAAGUUCUUCAUAUAGAUAACAAUUUUCUGACUGAGAACUCAUUCAAUAUGCCUAAAUUCUACAAUCUUCGAGAACUUUCUGUAAAUAACAAUAAAGUGAGUUUAAUAUUUUUAAUUAGCGAACAACAUCAUCUCUAGAUUCGUCAUAUUGGGCAGUUCAUUCAUAACUUGGAAAAGUAUUGUCCUAACCUGGAAAUUUUAUACAUGGCAAACAAUCCCGGGUGGACAAGCGAACUGGAAAAACAAGGGUUCGGUUAAAAAUGAGGCCAAUUUAUAAUAAUUGUCACGUAGUUCCAAAUACUAUUUGAUCAAAUGCUACAAUUGCUACUUUUCAAAUUUUUGCGCUACUUUUGGUAAAUUACUGCGUAGCGACUCGCAUGUUAGAUCGAUACGGAGUUUGAAACAUUUACUGUGCCCCCUACGUGCAGAAAAUCACGAACAUUGAAAAAUCGGUAAAACAAUGCUCAAAUAGUAGUCUUAUUUAUUGUUUUACCAUUGCUGCAGCUUGCCAAGCGCUAUUCUCGUCGACCGCGUUCCACUGCGUGCGUGUACAGCAGAGUUGAGCGGAAGAACUCAACGGAAGAAAACGGAAGAAUUUUUAUCUUUUUUAGAAAAUUUUUUCAUGAAAUGUGAUCAACUGACGAAAUGUAUAGCAAAGUGAACUCUGCUCACAAAAAAAUAAUUGUAAAUUUAACUUUUCAUACAAAAAAGUUAUUCGAGUUGUUCCGUGAAAAUGUCCUUCCGUCUUCCGUUGUCCUUCCGUUAGCUCUUUUUUCACGGAACAACUCGAAUAACUUUUUUGUAUGAAAAGCUAAAUUUACAAUUAUUUUUUUAUCAACAGAGUUCACUUUGCUAUACAUUUCGUCAGUUGAUCACAUUUCAUGAAAAAAUUUUCUGAAAAAGAUAAAAAUUCUUCCGUUUUCUUCCGUUGAGUUCUUCCGCUCAACUCUGGUGUACAGAGCGCACCUCAAUAUGUAGCUUUUGAACCUCUGUGGUCGUCAGUUGAAAACGGCAUGGUUUUGCAACCCGUCAUUUCGAAACCCGACGUUCCGCAACUAGCGUGAACUACUUAGCAAUAGAGUGCACUGUUGAAGUUCACGUGGGUAUCGAGACGUCACAGUUCCGAAACGUCCUGUUCGGGUGACGUCGAACGCAACCGAACCCGGAUGUGUCUUGUGGAAUCAAACCAUGUGCAGUAGUUCUAAAAAUGAUUUAGAGAUCUUUGAUUUAUUUAGUUUAUUUCCUUUUUCGUAAGUUUUUUUUUCUUCAACGAUAACUUACGAGUUACCAGUUAACUUCGAAAAUCGUGUUUCCCUACUUCCUGUGUACUUAAAAAACUUUUCAGGUCAAGAAUGAUAAGCGACUGUUUGAAGCAUUUGAAAGUUUUGAAUGGAUGCGAGACACACAGACAAAAAAGACUUUCCGGAAGUUUAUCAUCAUUUGUACCGGAGUAAAAUCAUAGAGCUACAUAACGUAAUUAUAUUUGUGAAAAUUGUAUUGUCCGUCAUCAUCACAUAAAUUAUUUUUGUUUUCUCUGUUUUCGAACCUUCUCGCAUCCUUUUUCAUUUCAAUACUAAGGGUAAAAAAAUAAAAAUGAUUGAGGAUGCAUUCUCGCUCAAAUUUUGUAGUGCUCUUAAGGUUCAAGUAUGUGUUUAAUCGAGCGGAAGGUUGUACCAAUUGUUUUGGUUAGGGAUGAUCGAAUUCAGGUAGUGAGUUGAGUUGCUCGACCACUUCAAACAUGUUUUUUCUUUUUUCACUAUUUUCGCAUUCCGUAGAUCUUUUUUCCUCUGUUAAAUCUACCGUAAGACCGCAAGCAAAACAGAAUCGGUGUAUCAUAAUAAAAAUUCAGAAUUCAGGGGGUUGAUGUUUUUUGUGCAUUGUCAGUAUUCUUGAAGGUAUGGAGUUUAACUUCUUAGGGGGCCUUUUCUGAUGAAUGACACGUUAUACAUAGGUUAUAACAGAGAGGUUCUGAUGCACAGUGGUAGGUCCUCUAAGGGGUUAAGCUCCAUACUUUCAUAAGAAAAAAAGUCUUAUUAGAUAUAUAUACAUAUAUAAAAUUUAUUUAUUUAUUUUAGAGAAGGACGAAAAAAAGCUAGGCAUUGUUGUUAAUACUAAAACUAAAAGUUGUGCUUGUUCUAGUUACGGCCAAUUAAUUUUAAUUGAGCUUGUUGUAGAAUAUGAAUGAGGAAGCCACGUCAAGUUCAGUCAUCAACUCCCGGAGCUCCAAUGCUCACUUAUUUUCAAUAUCUUUCUUUCCUCUUAUUCAUUCCCUUUCUUUCUUUGUGUACAAUAUUUCAGAAUAUACUCUCUCAACACACUUAUUUGUGAGAAUUUCGAAAUGCUAUUUGUUCGGCCCGCUCCAUACAAUUUUAAAUUUUUUUGGGAACUAUCAUCACAUUACUUAAUUAAAGUCAUUGAAUUUGGAACAUAAAGAGACAGCUUUUAGUUUUCUUCAGUUUUUUGUUAUUUUCGAGUUGAAGCUGAGUUUUUCUCUGACUAAUGAGGAGCUUUGGGACCAAGGAGAAUGAUGCGCUUCGUAAACAGUUCAUAACAAGUUUUAUGUUUCCAUUUUCUCACACUUUACUUAAAUCGCGUGCCACACACUUGAAAUAAAAUGGCCUCAGGCUAAUUUUUUAGGCCCUUUCACAUUUUCUUACUUUUGUUGUUUAGUUUGUUUCCGUCAUUCAGACCUCUUAUUUUUCCAGCUUCGUCUUUGAAAAUGACCUCGAAGGAUGGUAAUGGAGCUUCUGAGCUUCGUCUGAACGUCACCAACUUCUACAACGACCAGGAAACGCGUCAUCUUUUGCUCUCCGAGCAGGCCGCUAGAACUUUUAAUCGGGACGAUUCUGAUCCAGAAUUUGUCGGCGAGCGAAUUUACGAAGUAAGUUUACUGUGACGUUUUUCAAGUUCUUAGUACAAACCCUAGUGGCCGAUAGAAAUUUAAUUUACAUGAGCCCUACACUGUCUUUUCUGCUCUAAGCAAAGAUUGUAUCAUUCUCAAAAAAAUAAAACUGUGGUAAACGCGUUGCGUAGAAGUAGCACAGAAAACAGUCAGUAAUUCAUCAGAUAUAAUUAGAAAUGUGUUUUUCCGUGCGUGAUUGGUUCAUCGGUAUGGAGAGUUUCUCGCUCGUCCAUGCUCGCUCUUUCCUUGUUCUGCACAAUCGCCGUCGCCGUUAUUGUUAUCGCCAUCGUUCUUCUAUGCACAUUCAUCACUUUGUCUAGCUCUUCAGAGGUAUUCCAUUUACACAUUUGUAAAUUAUUUUCCAUCAGAAGUGCUUUCAGAUUCCAGACGACAUCACAAAUGAGGACGUCAUUGGAGUCAUCAACUGGCUUCAUUAUCCAAUAGGCGAUUUGGCGCUUCGCCGAACGAAUUACACAAAGCCUCACCAAAAAUAA